GUUCGGAUUCCCGAGAAAUCAGGGGAUUGAUUGUUUUUGAUCCCCUUCCCCUUCCCCCUCGCAUCCCUCUUUCGGACCGCCUUUCGUUCAGUCAGACACAACCAGCCUGAAAAAGGAAGGGCCUAUUGUCGUCGGGAGUCACGCCACAAAGCAAAAGUCACACAUCACGCACGCCUUUGAUGGCUUGUUGCAUUUUUUGUGUAUUAACUUGAUACGCCAAUUGAUGAGCCGUUCGAACCAAUUUGGUCCAUCAACGGUCGCGGCUUUGCUUUGUCGCUAGUUAGUUCUUUACUCUCGGCCAUACUCCCGGCCGCCACUCGUUCGCGACUCACACCAACACGGUGCACACACUCGUUACCCAAGUAUUAUAAUCACCGAAAGAAUCCUUCUCGAGGAUCCGCCUAAUCCAACAUCUUUACUCCCUCACUCUCUUGCUCUCCGGAGAUACAACAAGCAUCGAAGGAGGUUUCAUCGAGUUUCCCUGGCGCAGACCGUUUUCUUGCACGAGACCACCCCAAGACAAUAAAACAGACGGCAAAGACAAAUCAUAAUAGAGAAGGUUUUGUUGGCUUACAAUACUGUUUCCACAGGUUUUGUACCGCCUCCUUCAUUGUCUCUCGGCAUUCCAAAGACAAAUUGUUUGCCUUCUCCUGUCUCAGAGUCAACGACAUCAUACACGGCAUAAUCCCUUUAUCCAGCACCCAAGAUACCCAAGUUUCAACUGUUCACUUUCCAGCGAGGGAUUGACUUCAACCAUCCCUAUUUUCACUCAAGUCUUUCGACCUCUUCUGCACCUCUGUCGGGGUUGAAAGUCCAAGGAGAUAACGGUCGCUAUCGGCAUAUAAUUCCACCACAAUACUCAUAAUGAAGUCGACAAUUUUGUCGAUAGGCGCUGCUGCCCUGCUGAGCGCUCAAUCGGUACUUGCUGCCGACGGUCUCAAGUGCUCACUCGAUAAGCAUUGUCCAAAGGAAGCACCUUGCUGUGGUCUCUACGGCGACUGUGGAACUGGCGCAUUCUGCCUUGGAGGUUGCGAUCCGCGCAUGUCCUUUUCUCUCGACUCUUGCGUGCCUGAGCCGACGUGUCAGAGCAAAAAGUUCACCUUCAACAGCAAGGACAGAAUCCAGGAUGUCAGCGAGUACCUGGGUGACGCAAGCAAGGCCGACUGGGUCGUCACGGGCGAGCCUCUCUUCUCGAAUGGAAAUCUUCUUUUGACGAUGCCGCCGCGCUCCGUCGGCACGGUGCUGUCGUCGACACAUUACAUGUGGUACGGCAACGUCAAGGCCAAGAUGAAGACUAGCCGUGGCCGCGGUGUCGUCACUGCAUUCAUUCUCUUCAGCGAUGUCAAGGACGAGAUCGACUACGAAUGGGUUGGUGUCGACCUCGAGACCACCCAGACCAACUACUACUUCCAGGGAAUUCCCAAGUACGAUCAGUCUGGCAACAUCACGGGGACUUCGAACACGUUUGAGAACUACCACGAGUACGAAAUCAACUGGACCCCCGACGAGAUCACGUGGUUGGUCGAUGGCAAGAAGGGGCGCACAAAGAAGAGGUCGGAGACGUGGAACGCCACCGCCCAACAGUGGGACUUCCCUCAGACACCGUCUCGUGUCCAGUUCUCCAUCUGGCCGGGAGGCGCAGACACCAACCCCAAGGGUACGGUUGAUUGGGCCGGCGGUGCCAUUAACUGGGUUGACCACCCGGACUUGAAGGACCCGGGCUACUACUACGCCAUGGUCUCCGAGGUUGAGAUCAAGUGCUGGGACGGCAGCAAUGGUGUCGGCACCAACAAGGGCAAGACGUACUACUACAACAGCGCCCGGGGUACCAACGACACUGUUGUCGACAGUGACAAGAACGGCAUCCUCUCGUCGUUGCAGGCCACUGGUCUGGACAUGAACAAAGGCGGCGACAAGAGCAAACCCGACGCGUCGACAACCGGCGUCGAUAUUCCUUCGGUCCCCGGUGGUAGCGGCGUCGGGCCCGGCCAGGCCGGUACCAACCAGGGCGGCGGUCAGGCGGCGCAGCCGCCCGACAACUGCUUCUCAGACAACUUUGUUCAGAAAUGCGGGACCGGCGGUUCUUCCAAGAACGCGGGAGGUAGGGUCGAAACCCCCAGCAUCUUGAGCGGCAGCAGCGCUUUCGCCGUUGUGGUGGCUUUCGCGGGACUAGUCAUGCUAUGAAAACAGAGAAGGACUUGAAGAAGAAUGCCGUGAAGUUUCGUUGUUUCGAUGGAUAUGAAUCUAAUGCACGCAUAAGGAGGGGAGCAAAUUGCCUUUUUGUGAAAUUCGUCGUUUUUGCCUGCGACAAGUGCGCCGGGUCUAUCUAAUAUUCCCCUCCUCUGGUUGUUGUUUGUAACCUUGUACCUAAUCUUUUUUUUUCUUUUUUGGACUGCUGGCGUCCUUGGCGCUCGGGUGGCUCAUCUCUUUCAUGCUCUAUACUCCCUACGUCUGGCUGCUUAUUGCUAGUUUUUACAAGCUAUAUAUAGCAUGUUAUCUCCUCUGCCUCG